CUUCUCUUUAAUUCAAAUGCCUUAAUAUUUUGAUUUUUGUUUGAAUUUUGUUUUGAAAAAAUAUGAGAAUUCGUUGGUGACUUUUUACAAGAUGCUUAUUAAUUCUAAAUGUACAAUGGCAAGCAAAAUAACUUUUCGUCUCUUAAAAAUACCAGUAAGAUUAUGCCAUAAAACAAAGAAAAAUGUGGAUAAACUAGGACCAAAAGUAUCACAGGAUGUAAUAAACUAUUUAGAAAAUUCACCAGAAUACAAAAAUAUUAUUGACGUUGUGCCUAAGAAUCUUUUAAGAAAAUAUAAAUCACCAGAGACCAUGUAUUUAAUCAAUCGUAAAACUGCAAAAGAAAUAACCGAUACACUCGUAAAAUAUCUUAGAAAAGAUGCACCUGUAGUUGAAGUUAAUCCUGGCUUUGGGUUUUUAACCCAAGAGCUUUUACAAUGUCAACGAAAUAGGAUUUAUUUAUAUGAAACUUCUAACCAUUUUGUACAAUUUUUGAAUGACAUUAAGACACAUCAUCCCGAUAGAAUAAAGUAUAAAAUAGCUGACUUCUUUGGAAUGUGGAAGUUAGCCUUCCAAGAUAAAAUGGAUCAAGGAAAUAGAAUAGAAAAAUUAUUAGAGGAAUUAGCAACUGAUGAUAAUGACAGAAUUUUGAGUAUAGUAGGAGCUAUGCCAAGUUUAUCCUUCGUCAAACAUUUAAUUAAUACCAUUGUUUUUCAUAAUGCUACAAGUCAUUUAGGAAGACCAGACCUUUACAUUGUGAUGCCUGGACACUAUUAUGAAUUUCUUGCAGACUCCUCAGUUCAAAUGAACAAGCAUAAAUCAGUUCCUUCACUUUUUCAAUUACUUUUUGACUAUGAAGUCCUUAAUAAGGUGCCUAAAGUUCAUUUUUUGCCUUGGACAUAUACUUCAAACUUUCAGAAAAUAUCAGCAAUGGACGAAUUUUGCUUGUAUUUAGUGAAAAUAACUCAAAAACCUAAACUACCAUGUCUACCAAGCUAUUUGCCACUGCUCUGGUAUUAUUUCAAGCGACAUACAUUUUCCUCGUCUACAAGAGUUAUUCCAAUGUUAGAGCAAUGGAUACCAGGAUGUGGAGUGUGGCUCAUCACCGGACAGGACCCUCCAGACACAAACAAGGCGCUAUCACCAGGGGAGGAUGAUGCGAAAUUGCCUCAUAUGACUAUAUUUACAGAAUUUGGAGAUUUAAAUUUAAAACAAAAAGUCACUGUUUUUAAAAGAUUUAUUUCUUGGCCUGAGUUCGAACAGUGUCCAUUUAGAGUUACAGUUGAAAAUAAUUUACCAAAAUUUGCAUCACAAAUAGAUGAUGAUGAUGAUGAUCAAAAACGUAUCAUAGUUCCUCAUAUUGACGAGAGCGAAACUUCUGAUACAGAAACAUUAAAUACUAUUUAAAAAAAAAAUAAUCAAGUUAUUUUGUAUCAUAACAAAUCUAUUAAAAUUAUUUUGUGAAACAAUUCAAUUUUUUUGACACUUCCAUUGCCAUCCACCCGAAUUUCGAUUAGAAACGAACGAAUUUCAUUCGUAUGCCUCACCCGGUUUCGAUUCGUCAAGUUCUGUGUGUGUAUCUAUGUAUUUGUGUAGCUACAGAUGGCGUUAACUGUCAAAUGUCAAUGGAUUUUGAUGUAGAUAAUGGAUAAAAUUGUUUGCAAAAGUAGGUGGUACAUACAUUAACAAAAUGAAUAAAAUAAUUAAUUGUUUCCUACUAGAUACAGAAUACAAUGAAACCAUAAUUGCCUUUUACGCUAUUUAAUACAUUUCAUUGGCUGCGAAUAAUUAAAUUACUUGCAGAUUUUUAUUAUCUUUAAAAAUAAGUACACCCUAAUUUAUUUAUUAUGACGAGUGUAAUGAAGUAGAUCUAACAUUAAAGUAUACCAAACUUUUUACCAAACUAUUUACGUUGUUAUAAAUAAUUUUGUAAGCAUAACUUAAAAUAACUGCUGUGGGAAAACGUGGAGUGAA